UACAUAUACUAGAUUACUUGCCUAAACUUUAACUAUAGCUAUGUGAUUGAUUUUAAAUUAGGUACAGUAAUAUUAGCUAGUUCGCUAUGUCAACAUGCUACUAACAAACUUGGUUUUGAAUACGUGAAGCGUCAGCUCUAGCUACAAUUAGCUGAUUAUGCUAAGAUACUAUAGUUUGUAAAAGACUGAGACUUUUCAGUUAAGUUUCAUCCGUAUCAGCAUCAUGUAACGUAGACUUGCUAGUCCUAAGUAAUUUGUUAAAAACUACUAAUAAUGGAUAAGAACAUAUCUGGCCACACCUUGUGGAUUGCGGUUGACAAGCUAGCUGGAGAUUCACCUGGCAGUGUUUGACGAAGUCAUGUUUCGCGUUUGUCAAACUGGCUAGCUAGCUUCCUUCUCAUUUCACAGGCCUAUGCAGCCAGCUAACAUUAGCUAGCAAGCUCCCCAGUUUCAUAUUUUGGAAGUGGGCACAUUUACACAAUCUAGAGUGUUUUAUUUGGCCUUUGGUGGGUGUUUACAUCGUCAUCGUGCUUGUAUGUUUUAUGUAAUUUUAAAAGCUUUAUAUUGUGCUGGUUUCUAACUCAAUGAAACGACCUUUGCUUGGCUGUCCUCGUUCACAUUCACAAACUGUGAGUUAGCCAGGGCUAGCUAAUUCUCUUUUUAGCAGGUACAGUAAAGCACCGAUGUGUUGGUAGAAAGGAUGCUAGCUAUAGUAGUAAUUUGCUACCGAAACUGAUAUUAUUUGUUUUAGAUUACCAGUUAAUCGUAUCCUGAAUUGAAUAGUAAAAAAGCAUAAUAAAACUUAAAUAUUUAGUGUCUCACUAGAAAUCGUUACUGGAAUUUUUCAUCCAGGGAAAGGGUUGGGUCGGGAGUUUUUCAUUUAGCUACAGUCGCUAGCCUACUUCACGUUGUCUUGUCCUGGCCCCAGUUAUUCAUUUGCUCCAUAGUGAUCAUAAGUAUGAUGUUGUGCCCAUUCAAUCCAGCGUGGUCAUCUGUUCCUGCCCACUUCCAUUAAUGGUAAGAAAUCAGCCUGACUCCUGCUCGCCACUUGCACUCCCAGGCGCAAGUAGCAGCCACGGUCCCAGCAUGGAGGGACCCACCUCUGAGUCCCGGGCCCCAGGGAUGCAUGCCAACCAGGGCGCUGAGCUCCGAGCACCGCAGGCUCCUCAGCCGCGCAAGAAGAGGUCAGACGACUUCAAAUUUGGCAAGAUACUGGGAGAGGGCUCCUUCUCAACCGUUGUCCUUGCAAGGGAACAGGCAACGACAAAAGAAUAUGCAAUUAAGAUUUUGGAGAAGCGGCAUAUUAUGAAGGAGAACAAGGCUCAGUAUGUGAAAAGAGAAAGGGAUGUGAUGUCAAACCUAGAUCAUCCAUUCUUUGUCAAACUCUACUUUACAUUUCAAGAUGAUGAAAAGUUGUAUUUUGGCCUUAGCUAUGCUAAGAAUGGAGAGCUUUUGAAAUAUAUUCGCAAAAUCGGUUCUUUUGAUGAGACCUGCACUAGAUUCUACUCUGCGGAAAUUGUUUGCGCUCUAGAAUAUUUGCAUGAGAAGGGGAUCAUUCACAGAGACCUCAAACCUGAGAAUAUUUUACUGAACGAAGACAUGCAUAUCCAAAUAACAGACUUUGGUACAGCAAAGCAGUUGUCUUCAGACAGCAGACAAGCAAGAGCCAACUCCUUUGUAGGAACUGCGCAGUAUGUCUCUCCUGAGCUGCUGACAGAGAAAUCUGCCUGCAAGAGCUCUGACCUCUGGGCCUUGGGGUGCAUAAUCUAUCAGCUGGUGGCUGGGCUGCCGCCCUUCAGAGCUGGAAAUGAGUACCUAAUAUUCCAGAAGAUUAUCAAGUUGGAGUAUGAAUUCCCAGAGAAGUUCUUCCCCAAAGCCAAGGAUCUUGUUGAACGGCUUUUGUUGCUGGACCCCUCCAAGAGAAUCGGUUGUGAGGAGAUGGGAGGUUAUGCCCCCUUGAAAGGACACCCCUUCUUCGAAAGCAUCUCCUGGAGAGACCUCCACUUGCAGACGCCCCCCAAGCUCACACCCUACCUGCCAGCAAUGUCUGAGGAUGAUGAGGACUGCUAUGGAAACUAUGACGAUCUCCUCAGCCAGUUCAGCAGCAUGCAGGUUGCCCAGUCCAGCUCGUCCCAAUCGAUCUCGACCCCUGAGACAAUUCCCCCAGCCCCGCAGAGGUCCAGCAGCAACAUUGAGCAGUAUGUCCAUGACCUGGACAACAACUCAUUUGAGCUGGACCUGCUGUUUUCCGAAGAAGAGAAGCAGCUGCUGCUGGACAAACAGACCAGUGGAAACCCUUGGCACCAGUUUGUUGAGAAUAAUUUGAUCCUGAAAAUGGGCCCAGUGGAUAAACGAAAGGGCCUAUUUGCUCGGCGGAGACAGCUGCUUCUCACUGAAGGGCCACACCUGUACUACGUGGAUCCUGUCAACAAGGUCCUUAAGGGGGAGAUCCCCUGGUCCCCUGAGCUACGCCCAGAGGCCAAGAACUUCAAGACCUUCUUUGUCCACACGCCAAAUCGAACAUACUAUCUGAUGGACCCCAGCGGAAACGCUGACAAGUGGUGUAAGAAGAUCCAGGAAGUGUGGAGAAAGAUCUAUCACAAGCACCAAAAUCCUGGCCUAUAGGAGAGCAGUUCCUCCUGCGGCCACUCCUUCCUCCAGGCUCUGAGGCCAAUCACAGAGCAGAGUAACACCCUCUUUAGUGCCCUUCAUCACCGCAAUGUAAACAAACUCUUUUAGAGACGCUGGCAUCUAUGGCAUCUAGACCUUGUUUAUUUUCCUUCUCUGAAAUGAGCAGAACCAAUAGGAAAAAAAGACCAUGGGAUUCGGGGUUGCUUUGCUUGUUCUUUGUGCUCUCUGUGAGGCUUCUUAAUGCAUUUCUCCAUGUGUGGAUGAUGAGACCGCUUCCAUGCACAUCGGCAUCUUGUACAUUCUGCAGAGGAAAGAGAGGACAGGCUUGUCUGUAGAAUUCCAACGGUGUAGGUACCCUUAGAACCAUCUCAGUGUAAGGACUGGUUUCCUCUUCCAGCCACACUAACAAAACACAACCCAGCAUCACUUGUUUCACUUGUGCACCAGAGCCUAUUAUUAACAAACCUCUGAGAAUGGCUUUCAUAUGAGAUCGCUACUUUGUCAGUUCACAGCAUUGCUGGAAAAUGUUCACUCACCAUGGAUAUGGUGGUACAUUCUCUACACAUAUUUUCGUAGACACGUUUGAUCGACUCCUGAACAAAUAUUUUCACCAAUUCCAAGGAAGUGAAUAUUAUGCUAAGCUUUAAACUACCUCAGUAGUAACCUUCAUUGAAAGCUAUUUUCAUUUUGAGGUUUGCUGAAAGUACCUAAUCCCAAUAAGGUUUCGAAGUACAUCCUAAGCCGACAUUGUAUGCCUACGACAUCAGACCUGAACUCCAAUCCAUAUACUCCACAUAGUGUUGCUCUGCAAGCAGGCGCUUACCCAAUAAAGCAUAUUUUUGUCACUUCCCCAUUGUCCACACAUAAUUAUAUUUUAAUUGGUUCUCAAGGUUCUUGGUACUUAUUAAUUGCAGUCCAGUUUGGGUCUGUUAAUGUUUCAGAGUGGAGCGCUGGUCCCAAAGUGAGGCAUAGAUAUGAAAAGCUUUAAUUGCUUCAGCUUGGUUUUUCCAUAGACUGAGGCUGUGAGGACCGUCCCUAGUAGUAGACCCGUCACAUUGCAAAUAGGGGGGUGGGUGAACAUGCCACUAGCUUGUACUCUUAUAAGACUCGCUUAGCUUUCCUGCACGGCCAGUUUUGUAGCUCAGCCUUGUCUGCUUGUCUACCAGGGCACUGGAGAUAUAGUUUUAUACAAUUUAUGGUGGGUAUUUUGACUGCAUUAGCAACCAUGGCUAAUAUUGAAUUUUUUGGCUGUUCUUUACCAUUCACUGGCUAUUUCUUUGUGGUUUGAAUACUGUUUUCUUUUGGUGGGAUUGUCGGUUCAUCUUCAGUAUGUUCUCUUAAAAACAAAAUCGAAUGCUGACUACCCCAUAUUGAACAGCGUUGGCGAUAAGGAAAGCUUCAAAAGAGUUACAUCCAUAAUACUAUACUAUCAUUUUUUUUUUUUUUUUUUAAGCAAUCACAGUAUAGCGGUAUUCCCUGGGCAAGUUGGCUGUUUGCCUAAAUGGGUUAUCAAUGUUUAUUGGGAGUAUCCCUAUGGUUUUUCUACAACAUGACACCUGGCCCAAUAUGUAUCGAGCAAUUGAUUUGACUUUUGCUCGUGUUUUUUUGUUGUUUUUGUUUUUUUGGUUAAGAUAAUAGUAAUACUUCUAAUUCUGACAUUACUUAAAGGUCCUCUCAAGAGAUAUUCCUCCAGCUGAGUCGUUGUGACUGGAGCGGGUGAACCGUAGCCUCGGGCCUCUAAGUUGGGCUGAACGUGUUUUCGAUGUCAGCUAAAGGGUGUCUGAUCCAAAUAUCAGAUUAAAUUGCUGUAUCUGUCUUUAAAGUAAGGAAACACUAUAGAAAGUGUUUACUUCUCUUGUUAGAACAUUUUUAAAAUCAAGUUGGGCGGCAGUCGGUUACAUUGUCUAUGUAAUUCUCUACCUGGUUUGUAACUGACUAGAACUGUGAUGUACAGACGAUUGUAUUAUUGAAAUCUGAAGCAAGUAAUGCAAUGAUAUUAGGAUACAGUUUUUGUAUUUUUAUUCUUGUAUAAGGUUAUUUGAUGGCUAUUAUUUAGCCUGUAGUUCAUUCUGUGUUAUUUAAAUUCUAAUAUAUGAAUCAUAUUUGGAUUGAAGUCAUGUUCAGGGGCCAUGUUGUGUAUGUAUUGAGAUGUAAAGCCUUUGAAUGUGAAUAAUUAUUGUAAACUAUAAUAUUUUACAGCUUUUUUCUUACUAUAUCAUAUACAUUUUCUAUUUGCUCAGUGAUUUAAUCAUAUUUCUGAUAAUUUAAUGAAUCUGUUCAUUCUCUCUCUGAUUAUUUGUGCGCUAGAUCAGUAGUUGAAUGAUAAAUUUUCCACGUAAUGCUUGGUAGUCCAGUAAUUAAAGCAUGUAGGGAUUUAGGCAUACAAUACUA